AACCUUAUAUAUUAUACAGUUUACAUAUCAAUAAGACAUAGGUAUCGCACAGCAUACGUUACAUAUAGUACACUAGUUAUACAUAGUAGUCGUAGUACACACUUAUAAAUACCUCGACCAUACAUCAGAAUUCAAUAUAGUAUAGUAUAUAGUCUUUGUUUACUCAAUUUCACACACACAUAGUCACAAUUACGCACAUUUCAAUCUAUACCUGUCACCCUUUCCCGACGCUGUUGACCAACGCAUUAUACGUUUGUAUGACAACAGACCUGUAGAGACAUGUCCGAGUAUUGUCGGUGAUUACUAGCAAGAAAUUAGUGCAUGUAGCAAAAUUUAAUUAGUCCAUGUACUGCCGUCUAUAUGUAUGGUCAUGUAUUGUCGUCCGAGUUCUAAAGUGUUUUUUAAGUGUAUUCAAAUAUUUUAAAAGUAUCAUCUUGAUACACCAUAGUUCGUUUUUCGUACGUUAGUUCUGUUAUUGUACUCCGUGGCUAUUUAAUCGUUUAGAUUUCACUGUUAUUUAAAAUACAUUAUAUUUUACUAUAUUUCAUUACCCAUCUAUUUUGUGAAGGGUAAAGUAUUGUUUCGCGAGUUCGACUAGUGUUCUUCAGUAUUUAACGUAAUCAUGUUCAAGUGUAGUAUAUGUGAUAAAACCUUUACAUUGAUUAAAAAUUUACGCAGACAUGACAAGUCACAUUUUGUACCUGAUAAGAUUUCUUGCAGUAUAUGCUCAGAAAUAUUUACACGAAGAGAUAACCUCAUCAGACAUAGCAAGGAUAAACAUCGUACAAAUAUCGUAUUUCAACAACAACCAACCAUAACCAAGCGAGAAAUUCAAGAUUUUUUUAAACCAGCUGAAAACAUUUACGAUUAUAAUGUUCAAUCUCGCAAUGGUCAUAAGCGCCCAUAUCAUACUGAAAAUUCAAACGAAGCAGCAAAUGCUAAAAAGACACGCAUGAGCAUUGUCAAGACACGAGGAUUCAUUAAGACAGGCACAUCGUUAUCGAAUAAAAUCAAUUGGUAUUACGUGAAAAAUACAGAUAAUUUGACCAACUACAGAACAUUUUUAGAAUCAAUAAAAAAAGACUUAAUAGAACUACUCAAAACACUAUCAACAAAACAACCAAUCAAAUAUAAUCUUAAAUUAGAAGCAACAUAUGAACGCCCGAACGUAGAAAAUUCAACAGAGAAUAGAGCAUUUAAGACCUCAGCUAAGGAAUUGUUUAUGGAUACAGAUAUCGAAGCUAAAAUUAAUCAAGAUUUUGUUAAUCUUUUACUUGAAGAAGAAAUUUAUACCUCUAAAGGAAGCGGAUUUACGUUACAAUCAAUAGAUGGUUUACUGUUAGGCGUAUAUAAUUAUACACCUAUGGGUGGUUCGUCUUAUAUCACACUUCCGGAAGACAUCAAAAAUAAAAAAGCAAUUAUCAAUCCCCAAAACUCAGACCAACAGUGCUUCAAGUGGGCAAUCCUUGCAAGACACGUUUCGGGUAAUGCCAAAAAUCAAGUGGCUGAAAAUUAUACUUCACUUGAAGAAAAAUAUAAUUUUUCUGGUUUAACAUUCCCAACGCCUGUGAGGGAAAUACAAACAUUUGAAAAAAAUAACCUUAACACGUCUGUCAAUAUAUUCGGAUUAAGACGAGAAAAUAAUAAAAAACAUAUUAUUUAUCCACUUAAGGUUGUAGAUGAAGAAAAAAAAGAUCAUUUCGAUCUACUGAUAAUUACCAACGGAGAUAAAAGCCACUACUCAUACAUAUCAAAUUUCUCACGUCUUGUUAGAGCACAAAAAACGGGUCAUGAGGAAACUGUUAUAUUUUGCAAACGUUGCUUCACAUCGUUCGAUAAUCGACCCAGAAAAAAUACACUAAGUGGACAGGCAGCCCUAGAUCAGCACACUCGGAUAUGUGGACAACAUAAACCAAUUCUACCUAAGAUGCCUGAUCCCGGUACAUUGUUAGAAUUCGAUGGGUGGAGUAACACUCAAAGACAUCCGUUCACGAUAUAUGCCGAUUUCGAGGCACUCCUUGUUAAAUGUACAGAGAGCAAAGGUGGGAAUACCUCAGCAUUCCAAAAGCACGAGCCGAUGAGUUAUGGCGUGUUUGUAAAGGCAACAGAAAACGUUCCCAUAGAUCUGUUAGAAAAGUUCGAAUUACCACAAAAACCAAUUAUUUUCCGUGGUAAUGAGUCACGUCAAGACGUAGCCAAAAGAUUUGUGAAUGAAGUGACUGAGAUUGCAAGAAAAGUUGAAGAUUUGCUUACAACAAAUAAACCUAUAAUAAUGACUGAAGAAGAACAAAGAACACAUGCAAUGAAAAUUACUUGCAAUUUAUGUAAGUGUAUUUUUUCCGACAAAAACCCAAAAGUGGCAGAUCACUGCCAUCUUUCAGGCAAAUUCAGGCAAACUUUAUGUAAUACUUGCAACCUGAAACUGCAAAAACCUAACUUUGUACCAUGCUUUCUACACAAUUUGUCUAAUUACGAUGCACAUUUCAUCGUGACCGAACUCGGAAAUGACACUAAAUCAAUAUCAGUGAUUCCGAACAGUGAAGAAAAAUACAUUUCAUUUUCAAAACACGUUUCGAACAACUUUUCAAUUCGAUUCAUAGACUCUUGUCGUUUCAUGGCAUCAAAACUAUCAACACUUGCAGAAAAUUUAAUAACACCUGGGUUCGCGAAGUUCAGAGAAACCGCAAAAGCAUUCGUACCCAGAGAUAUGGGUCUUGUCACACGUAAGGGUGUCUACCCUUACGAGUAUACCGAUAGCUGGGACAAGUUAGAAGAGACGAGUUUGCCUAAGGAAGAAGAUUUUUACAGUAAACUAACAGAAGAACACAUAAACGACAAGGAAUACGAACACGCAGUCACAGUAUGGAACCAUUUCAAAUGCAAAACCCUGGGAGAAUAUAGCGAUUUGUAUUUAAAAAUUGACGUGCUAUUGUUGGCUGACGUAUUCGAAAAUUUCCGAGACCUUUGUUUGAAAACAUACCAUUUAGAUCCAGCCUUUUAUUACACGGCACCAGGUUUUAGUUUUGACUGUAUGUUAAAAUAUACCAAAGUAAAACUGGAAUUGCUUUCUGAUUAUGACACCCACUUAUUUUUCGAAAAUUCAACCCGCGGCGGCCUUACACAAGCAAGUAUGAGGUACGCUAAAGCUAAUAAUAAAAAAACCCAAGAUUACGACUCAACAAAGCCUAAAUCAUGGGUAGUUUAUCAAGAUUGUAACAAUUUGUAUGGCUGGGCGAUGUCCCAAUACAUGCCGUACGGUGACUUUAAAUGGGUUGAACCUAAGUUAGACGGAUUAGAUGCUUUAACACCGACCUCAGAUAAAGGCAGAGUGUAUGAGGUGGACAUAUCAUACCCUAAUGAACUUCAUGACGUUCAUAACGACCUUCCAUUUUUACCUGAGAACAAAAUUCCUCCUGGUUCAAAAGUGAAAAAACUUAUGGCAACACUUCAUUCAAAAAAAAAUUACGUAAUCCAUUAUCGAAAUCUGCAGCAAGCCAUAGCAAAUGGAUUAAUUGUAGAAAAAGUACACAGAGUUCUUGAGUUUAAACAAUCGGAUUGGCUAAAAAAAUACAUCGAACUAAACACUGAAAUGAGGAAGAAGGCGAAGAAUGAAUUUGAAAAGGAUUUCUUCAAACUCUUAAACAAUGCCGUUUUUGGAAAAACCAUGGAAUCUUUACGGAAACGUUUUAAGAUGGAACUAGUUUCAUGUCCGCGAAGAUUACAAAAACUCAUCAACAAGCAAACAUUUAAAAAUUGUACGACAUACAGCAAAAAUCUAGCUGCUGUCUCAUUGGAAAACAAAAUUAUCAUGUUUAACAAGCCAAUAUAUAUAGGUUUCGCAGUAUUGGAUAUCAGUAAAACCAAGAUGUACGAGUACCACUAUAAUGUAAUGAAGGCGCAUUAUGGCAAAAAUAUCACAUUAAUGUACACAGAUACAGAUUCGUUAGUAUAUUACAUACUGACUAAUGACUUUUAUAAAGACUUGGCUGUUAAUUCAAACUUGCUGGACAAGAUGGAUACAUCAAAUCUCCCGAAAGACCAUCCGUGCUAUAUUCCCGACCGUAAGAAGAUCCCGGGUUUGUUUUCCGACGAGACGGAUGGACUCGUUAUGACAGAGUUUUGUGCGUUACGGGCAAAAUCAUAUGCCUACAAGCUUAAUGGGAUGGAAAAAAUCAAAGCCAAGGGAAUCCGUGGGCAUGUGGUAAAGUACCACAUGUCAUUCAAUGACCAUAAGAAGUGUCUGUUUGAUGACAGUGAUUUAGACGUUUUCACUCAAAAUGUAUCCAUCCGAUCAUUCAAACACCAGCUCAAGACAAUCAAAUCGGACAAAUUGACUUAUAAUAACUAUGAUGACAAGAGGAUUAUACUUGAAGACAAAGUACAUACCUAUGCUCAUGGACAUUAUAAAUCUGUUUGUUAAUUGUAUUUAUAAAAAAUAUGUAUAUAUGUGUAUUUGUUUUUUUUUUUACAGUAAUAAAAGUCUUA